AUGAUCGAAGGGUUCUCUCCAAUAGCACAAACUGCGAUCGGCACCUCUUUAACUUGGGGAGCCACUGCACUGGGGGCCGUUUUCUGUGCCUUUCAGCCUACCACUGAAAAGCGGAUACGUAACGUAAUGCUAGCUGCCUCCUUCUGGUCACUACUUCAGCCAGCCAUUGAUUUAGCUAAAACAGUCGACCGGGUAAAGUCGGCUGAUUCAAUGGGAAGUGUGUGCUAUUUGCCAGCCGCUGUUGGACUCCUCGCGGGUGCCGCUUUCAUCAUCCUUGUGGAUUACUUCUUUCCCGAACAAGCUCUUAUUAACACUACCGAACCGAGCAGUCCUGUCUACUCCCCAAUCGUGGAUGACCGGCUUUUUGGAGGACUCACUAGUGGUUCGGUCCGUUACCGUGGUAAUGAUUUCAUCUCUCCUAUUACCUUCUACAAACCCAGACGUUCCACCCAUUCACCAAGGGUUAGCAGCCGUAUUUGGCUGUUCAUUGUCGCCAUCACACUCCAUAACAUUCCCGAGGGUUUAGCCGUUGGCGUCGCCUUUGGGGCAAGAGACGAUAGCACUGCCGGAGGUGCCUUUUUAAGAGCGCGAAAUCUGGCGCUUGGUAUGGCCAUUCAAAACGUUCCUGAAGGUCUGGCAGUCAGUUUGCCAAUGCGAGCAGCUGGCUACUCGUUUUGGCAGAGCUUCUGGUAUGGCCAACUUUCGGGAAUCGUGGAACCCUUGGCUGGUAUUUUGGGCUGUAUCACUGUGCAAUAUGUCAAUCCCCUUCAACCGUACGCACUGGGUUUUGCGGCUGGUGCUAUGAUCUUUGUGAUAUUCGAUGAUGUUAUACCGGAAGCACAUCGAAAGUGA